UGGAGCUCUUGCAUAGGUAUUGAUGUUCAAAGGAGCAGCGGUAAAGGACAUAAAGAAUAUCUUUAUUAAAGUGAAAGCAUUUCUUUUUUGAAUUCAAGAACCCCUUCUUAUACCAUUAGAUUCUCAUUUUUCAUAAUCAGGAAAUUAAAUUAUUGUCCCUUCCAUUUCUUCACUUGAACCCUCCUUUGUCUUCACUCAAAGAACAUAACCCUCUAGCCAAUUAACUCAAAAUCGUCAUCAAUUUUCAACUUCUUAUCUAAAAAUGUCACUGCCAGUUGAUCAAGUGUAUCCUAAUACUAACACAAACCAGCCUUCUUCCAAUUCAAAUGGUUCAUUUGGACCUGUUUUCAUUGUCUUGGCCGCUGUACUCGUAAUAUCAGCCAUUGCUUGCUUGUUUGGACGGCUGUGCAACAGGAAGCACCACCGCCGUAAUAAGGAGCACCACAGCGGCAAGGAGGAGCGUCACCGUGGUAAGGCCAAGCCGGUCCGAGGCCACGACCUUGGCCCUAAAGAAUGGGAGUCUAGGCAAAAACCUAAUUUCAAAGAUGUGGACAUAGAAUUUGGGUUCGACAAAAGAAUCCCUACUGCUAAAGUGGCCGCACAUGGAGAUCCCAGAGGACCAAAGCCAUCUAAAAAUGGUGGGUUCAAAGGUCAGGUGAGAUAUGCUGAUAAUGUGUAGGAUUUGAAGCUGGUUGAUACGCAGCAUAUGGUAAAUCUACUUUACUAGACAAAUCAGGGGGUCGGGUAUACCUGUAUUAGCAAUUAAUUAGUGGUUGGUUUUUCUAUCUUGGUUACUAUGGAUAAUAUCUUUUUGUAGUAUCUAUUGAAAUCAACGAAAUUGAAUUAAUUCGAGUGA